AUGGUGGCGAGCAUGGGCGCCCUGACCCUGAGGAGCUUCGGGCUCGGGGACAGCAAGGCGGUGGAGACGGAGGAGUGGCUCAGCUUCCUCCGCAAGACCUUCGACGAGUGCCUGGGCUCCGUGGAGAACCUGGCCGAUCCCAGUUUCCUGGCCGUGCUCCUCGGCCCGCUGCGAAGCUCGCAGGUGUCCCCAAAGGUGGUGUCCCGGAUCGCCCUGUUGUUCUCCGUCCCCUUGGUGCACCCGUGCACUCACGAAUCGAGAGAGAAGGUGAUCCAGGCGUACCUGGAUUCGAGGGUGGUGGCCAACCUGUUCUACGCCGCCCGCCACGUCCUCCAGUCGGCGGAGUCGGAGCCCACCGACGAGGAGUGGGAGACGCUGGAGGACCUGGUGGAGCUCCUGUCUCACCUCGUCCAUCUGGACGCGGAGUUCGCCGUGGCGCUUUGCGAUGCCGUCUGCGUCAUGAAUGCGUACGGCACCGUGCGGCGUCUGGUGACGUCCACGUGGUGUCGGGCGGGACGGGACGUUCCGCGGAUCUCUGCGAAUACGUUGGCCAUCCUCGCCCAGAUCCUGAGGGUGAAUCCCGAGAAUUCGGCCGUCGUUCAGGAAGUCCUCUGGGACUCAAAGACGGGAGCGAUGGCGGUUCCGAUCUCGACCCUGAUGCAUCACGGCGAGGAGUUGGUGUCUUCGAGGGCCGGGACCCUGGCCCGGUUCGCGUCCAUCCUCCUCCCGCAUCUGGCUCCCAUGCUCGCCUGACUCCGUUGGGCGAUGCGCCUUCUCUUUCUUCGUCUGGAACGAUUAGGUGGUCAGGGAAAGGGUCGGUGGGGUCGACGACCGACGGCAACCGCUUCCCACGGGUGACGAUGCUCGGGUGCUGCUUCUGCUACGUUCCCCUCCGGGUGGAGACUCUGGUGCUACCGUCAGCCAUCGGAGGAACCGAGAAGGACGCGGAUCGCCUCGUUCGCGUCGUGGGAGACCGGAUCGAUGGCGGAAACGGGGCGAGACCUUCCAUGCAUCGAAUGUGGUGGUCGUUCCCGACGGUGCGAUCGAGUCCACCGAUUCUCUCUGGCGCUUCCACAACCGUCCAUCUUUGCCCGAAUCUCUUGUCUCUUUUCUACAUUUGUACGACU